AAUAUUACAAACACCUCCCCCCUCUAAAGAUCAAGGUGGUCUGUGCAGUAGGAACCUUUUUUGACCAUCAUCUACCAAGUCCCCUUAAAAUUCUACGAUACCCAGACCACUAAGAACGCUCAUUAAAGAUACACUAUGGUCUCAUUCUUGCAAUCCUGUAGGAACUCCUUCCGUAAAGAGAAACGAAACACUGUCCAUCUUGAUAACGUUAAAGCUUCACCAAGUUUACCCGAUUUAGGUGAAACCUUAGGUAAACCAUCUAGAUUCGCUGAUGAGAUUGCACAAUCUGUUCAAGGUCUUGAUUUUAAAAGAGAUGAUUUUUCGCCAAAUCAUUUGCAAGUACCGCAGAAUCUAAACGUCAGGUUAUCAACUGUUUCAGAUAACACGCGCAGGUUUACCAAGCCGAAUUCCUUGACUUCACGCAACGCGCGUCGGAGAAAGACACCACGCUCACUUAAUGUUAUGGUCGCUGGUGGUAUACGCACCGGUAAGACGAGUCUUUUGAGGUUGAUUUUGGACACUGUCAAACUCAGUCCAACAUCGAAUAUUACUCAGCGUACAGAAGCAACAAUCUCUUUCACCAAUAAGCAUCAACCAAAACAACCACUCUAUCAAAUGUCCUUCGACGUCGGUGGUGAUGUCAACAGUGACCGUACUAUGCUUACUCUCACCGAUACACCGGGUUUGAAUUACCAAGACAGCCAACAACUCAGCGAGAACACGGAUAUGAUUAUUAAACAUAUUGAACACCUCUACACGCAAACACUUGAAGAAGAAUCCCGAGUCAACAGAUCAAACAGCUCACAAGCUCUCGAUAGACAUAUCCAUGUUUGCGUAUACAUGAUCGAUCCAGCGAGAUUGAUCGAAUCUCAUAAUGGCUCACUAACACUUCAACCUACUGAACUUCAAACUAUAAUAAGUCUAGCGAAGAGAGUCAAUAUAUUACCUGUUAUAGCCCAUGCUGAUAGUCUCACUGAUAAUACCUUACGUCUGGCAAAGGAUGGAAUAUUGUCAGAUUUGGCUAAUAUCGGUUUCAAAUUCGAGAUACUAGGUUUGAAUGAGAGGGCAUCAACACCUGAUUCGAAUGCCCACUUGAGUGAUCUAGACGAUGAUCAUAAUAAUUCUACGAAAUUGAUCAAGAUUCGUCAUAGAGCUAAAUCUGCUACACCUUCAGUAGCAUCGACAGAUAAUUCACAUAUGACAAACUUGGAUCCAGUUCCUUAUGCUAUAGUCAUACCUGAGAGGUUUGAUAAACCAUCGACAACUAGGAACUUUAGAUGGGGAGUUGUUGAUGUUCUCGAUAAUCAGCACACUGAUUACAAUGCUUUAUAUGAUGUCUUAUUUGGUAAUAACUCUGACUCACUUAGAAUACGCACAAGAGAGACUCUAUAUGAAUCAUUCAGAAGGGAAGCUUUAAUAUCUCGCCAGAAGGACGCCGAUAGUGGACCAAAGAACUUGUCUUCAAUCAGAAAUUCCAACAUAUACAAGAAAAGACAAACAAGCUUUAAUUGAUCAUAAAACCCGGAUUACCAAUGAUCAUAAUUUCUUUAAUAUCUUCACUUAUCUUCUAAAUACCACUUACUCAUCUUAUUAUUACACUCGUUUGAUUGAAGAUUAGGAUAAUCUUCAAUCUGGAAAUGUAUUCUUUUUAUUGUUAUGUUUGUCAUAUCUAAUACAUAAGCUUUAUUCAUUAAACGUUAUAAUGC